UGUUGCUAUGGUGAUGGUAAACAUAUCUGUUAAUAUAACAUACAAGACUAUAUAAGACUGAAAGGUGAGAAGUCACAUACACUACAGAGAGACAGACACGCUUGCCAGCAUAGAUGGCAGCCUGCAAACCACUUGGAUCUGGUAAAGAAUGCAGCUUUGUGGAUAAAGAUGAAAUCUGGAAAGUUCAUGUCAAAAUAGAGCUUCAGUCAGCCAAAGCCUGGCCCAAUAAAUGGGGAUUCUUGAACAAGUCCUACAAGGAGAUGCAGGAAGAGAGCAACAAGCUGAAGGACGUUGUCAAAUUGGAGCUUCCCCAACAUCUUAAAACACGACCCCCUACCCCACCUGAGAAAUACAUCCAAGUAGGACCCUCUCCCCCAGUUCCCCAGACCACCCAGGCUCAGAUUGGCUGGCGCUCGGCCGUACCCAAGUUGCAGUUGGAGCGCUACGGAAAGGUCCAGUGUGGGAAGAAGAGCUUCCUGAAGGAGCUGGGCUGGGCCUGGGACGCCUGCAGCUGAAAAAAACCCUCUGCUGCCAUGACACCUAUCUCCUAGGCCUUGGCGAUGCCGUGCACAGACUCAAUAUUGAUGACUACUCAAUAUAUGACUUUCCCUUAUCCCCUGCUUUUGUUUGUCUUUGUCUUCCUCGCUUCCUCCUUUUUUUAUUCACAUACUCUUAAAUCCUAUGAAAUUAGCAAUAUCAGCAUUUUUUAAAUAUAUUACUAAAUAUUGAUAAAUUCUCACUAAUCAAUACAAAAUACUAUUAAUCUGCUCUUAUUUACUUCUGUCUCUCUCACAUUUAAUUUCAACACAAAUAUUGCAUACUAUAUCCAACAAAAUUAACACAAUGGGUGCUUGGUUAUUUUGAUCCAAUGACAAUCAUUUGAUUAUUUAUAGGAUAUUAUGUUCUCUCCUUUCAUUAUCCUGUAGUCAAUGGUGCUGUAUUCCCACAAAUGUAAUGUAUUAGUUAAGGUCCAACAUUUUAAUUUUGAGGAGGGAAUUUUAAACCAUGUUUGUUCCCAUUUGAUAUACUUGGUAUGAUUUCUUCAAUGGCAGUAUGGUUGACCAUGUAUCAAUAUCUUGUCUUGCAAUUUAGCCUAUAUUCGGUUUGGUUUCAUAAGAUUGUUAUAACAAAUUAAGAUUUUUAUAACAAAUUAAAUUAGACUUUAGGGGCUCUCUGACUUCGGUUGCCAGCUGGACGGUGCUACCUCCAACACAUUGGUGCGACUUUCUUCCAUGUUAAGCAAGCAGUGUGUCAAGAAGCAGUGUAGCUUGGCAGGGUCGUGUUUCGGAGGACGCAUGGCUCUCGACCUUUGCCUCUCCCAAGACCUUAGGGGAGUUGCAGCGAUGGGACAAGAUUGUAACUACCAAUUGGAUGUAUUCACAAUCUAUUUGUUUAUAUUAAAAAGUAUUUACAUAGAAAA